AACCAAUGAAAGGUUGCUUUGGCUGUUACGUCAUAGCAAAAUGGCUGUCCACUAGCCUCCGAGUUGGUUUUAAAGAUGUGGUACCGAUCCAGAGUUUAAUUUCACUGUUUUGAGAUCCAGAAAUUCCCUUUGGGUUUUGUCCGCGUGCCUUUGGUUCUGGUUGAUUUGCCCUAUGACCUCUUUGUGGUACAGACGAUUGGUGAAGAAUCAGAACCUGCUGUGACCAGAUCAGAACCGGAGCGAUGAAGCUGCGUGUCCAGCUGCAGUGCAAAAACCUGCACGAGUACCUGAGAGAGCUGAGCCCGGACAUCCUGGACCGCAUUUACAAUCACCCGGCUACCUGCCUGGCUGUGUGCAGAGAGCUCCCCCUGCUGGCUAAGAACUAUGUGAUGCGGAUGCUGUUUUUGGAGCAGCCCCUCCCUCAAGCUGCUGUGGCGCUGUGGGUGAGGAAGGAUGGACAGAGGGAUCACGACGAAUGCGUCUCCGUUCUGACGGGCCUCCGUUUGUGGCACAGUCAGCAGCUGCAGGGGGGUCUGCAGGGGUACAUCCUGAAUCCAGUCUUCAAACACAACCUGAGAAUAGCGGUGCUGGGCGGGGGUAAAGUUUGGGCAGAUGAGGGCAUCACUCUGGGGCCUGACCGCCACGCCCGGGACAUUGAGAGCCUCGACCGCUAUGCCAUGGAGCGCUGGGAGGUCAUCCUUCAGUUCAUGGUGGGUUCUCCCAGCGCCGUCAGCCAGGACCUGGCCCAGCUGUUGGUGCAGGCGGGCCUCAUGAAAAGCGAGGCUGGGGAGGCGCCGUACAUCACCUCAGCUGGGUUCCAGUUCCUCCUGCUGGACACGGCCUCUCAGCUGUGGUACCUCACCCUGCAGUACCUGAACACAGCUCAGUCUCGAGGAAUGGAUCUUGUGGAGAUUCUGUCCUUCCUGUUCCAGCUCAGCUUCUCCACGCUCGGCAGAGAUUACUCGGUAGAAGGCAUGAGCGAGUCUCUACUCACGUUUUUGCAACAUCUGCGAGAGUUUGGACUGGUCUUCCAGAGGAAGAGGAAGUCCCGGCGCUAUUACCCCACCAGACUGGCCAUCACCCUGGCGGCUGGAGUCUCCAGCAGCCCCGCCUCCAACGUGACGAACACUCCCGGAACUGGAGACGCGGGCUUCAUCGUCGUGGAAACCAAUUAUCGCGUCUACGCUUACACAAGUUCAGAACUCCAGAUUGCUCUGGUGGCGCUCUUCAGCGAAAUGCUCUACCGCUUCUCCAACGUGGUGGUGGCUCAGCUGACGAGGGAGUCGGUGCAGCAGGCGAUCGCCAAUGGCAUCACCGCACAACAGAUCAUCCACUUCCUGAGGACCAGAGCCCAUCCUGUCAUGCUCAAACAGAGCCCUGUCCUGCCUCCAACCAUAACUGACCAGAUCCGACUGUGGGAGCUGGAGAGAGACCGGCUGCAGUUCACGGAAGGAGUUCUCUAUAACCAGUUCCUGUCCCAGGCUGACUUUGAGAUGCUGCGGGACAGAGCCCAGGGUCUGGGAUGUCUGGUCUGGCAGGACGCUUCUCUGCGGGCGAUGGUGGUGACGCCACAAGGACACGGUGAGGUCAAGAAGUUCUGGAAGCGCCAACGAUCUCACACAUGAACAGUAAAGAGGGACUAUUUCUCUGGAGGAUGAUGUCGAGACCUGUCUGAAUUGAACUUAAUGAUGAACUCUGCAAAGCCUGUGAGGUUCAGUCACAGCUAAAAAAGAAGAUUAGUGCACAUUAUUGCACACACUGAUGCAAUAAUGUCACAGCAGCAUUAGCCAGUGUCUUAAGGAGAAAACACUGGCUCUCUUUAUGAAUUUUACCUAAAGGAGGUUUUUCCAGGAAGAUCUGGAGUAAACUAAGUAGAACUUUAUAGUUCUACAGUUCUUGAAUCUGGAGUCUGAACAUCAUCAGAAGUGUCUUUUGUAUCUGACUUAAAUGGAAAUGCUGUCACAAGUGUUGAAAGAAACUCUGUAAAUAAAGCGUAGCUGCACUUGGAAA